GAAAGUUAGGUUAGGUCAGUUUAAAUGUCCUGUUAAGAAGUUUGAGAGUUUGUUGCUUGCGCGUGUUUCAGCGUGCAUAUUUUUUAGUAAACUAGUAAAAUUUGUAAAAUAAGUUACUUAGUAUUAUUCUAAAAAUGAGUCAGGAAGCAGAAGGUUGUUUCGUAACGUGUACCACAAGAUUAGAAUGGUUAAAUAAUGAAGGCUGUAUAAAAAGAAAAGUUGAUUACAAAACGGCGACAACGCGUCUAAUCAGAAAUAAUAUACGUGAAAUGUUGAUAGAAGUUAGAUCAGAAAAAACGAACACUACAAUAAAAUUAAUAUUACGAGGUAUUUCGGUUUUCAAUCGUUUUAUGUCGGAGGGAAAAGCUUCUAUUAAAUUUCAAGAGGAAAAAUGUACACUGUAUUUAUCAAAUGCUCCUGUCGCUCAACUAGUCAACUUUCUGAAGACGCUUUUUGUGAAAAUGACCGGACAAACGGAAAAAGCAACAAAAAUUUCAGCGAAGGAAAAAAUGUUGUCAAACGUAAUGGGAAGUGUCACAGAUAUUAGUCCAUCGACUGUUUCCGAAUUAAAUAAAGCGAAAGAAAAAGCAGGUACAAUCUCUCGUGCAACGUUAACAACACCCUCGCCAAAAUCUGUUUUGAAACGAAAGUCAAUCAGUGAAAAUGCACUAAAAAUUCCAAAGGCAAAAAAAUUAAAUUUGGCUAGUUCCAAUAUUGAAAUGACCGAAGAACAAAAGAAUGUUCUUGAUGCAAUUUUAGCGGGGAGAAAUGUUUUCUUCACCGGCAGUGCUGGUACUGGAAAAUCUUAUUUAUUGAAAAAAAUUAUUAACGCUCUUCCACCGAAUGUCACGAUGCCCACUGCUAGCACUGGUGUCGCAGCUUGUCACAUUGGUGGAAUAACUCUUCAUCAAUUUUGUGGCAUAGGAAUUGGUACCGCGAGUAUCGAAAAUUGUUGCAAAAUAGCCUCAAAAUCAACAGCCAGUUCACUUUGGCGUAAAACAAAGCAUUUAAUAAUAGACGAAAUUUCAAUGAUUGACGCAGAUUAUUUUGAAAAAAUUGAAGCUGUCGCUCGUUAUAUACGUCGUAACGAAAAACCCUUUGGUGGUAUUCAAAUUAUUUUAUGUGGCGAUUUCUUUCAAUUGCCACCAGUUUCGAAGAGGGACGACAAGGCAAAAUUUUGUUUUCAAAGUAAAAAAUGGUCCGAAUGCGUACAAGCGAAUUUCGAGCUAAAAAUUGUUCAUCGACAAAAGGAUUCAACGUUCGUCAAUAUUCUAAACAGUAUCCGCAUUGGACGUGUUACCGAGGAAAUUACAACGAAACUAAAAUCAACAACAACGCAAAAAAUCGAGAGCAAUGGUAUUCUAGCAACAAGAUUAUGUACUCACAUAAAUGAAGCAAACGAACUCAAUAAUUCACAAUUGGAGAAAUUAUCCGGCGAACAAAAAGUCUUUAUCGCCGAAGAUUCCGAUAAUAUGAUGACAAAGACGUUGGAUCAACAAUUACCGGUUCCUAGUAAACUUAUCUUAAAAGUCGGCGCACAAGUGAUGCUUUUGAAAAAUAUAAACGUUAGCGGUGGACUUGUUAAUGGUGCAAGAGGUGUUGUGAUAAAAUUUCUCGACGACUAUCCAGUUAUUCAAUUUCGAUCCGGUGGAUUGUAUCAUGCAAAAAUGGAGACCUGGGGAAUAAAAACGGCGAGUGGCGGUAGUGUUCAGCGAAAGCAGAUUCCAUGUAAACUCGCUUGGGCUUUUUCAAUACACAAAAGUCAAGGUCUAACUCUCGAUUGUGUUGAAAUGAGUUUAACGAGAGUUUUCGACGCCGGUCAAGCUUACGUUGCACUAUCAAGAGCACAAAGUUUAGAGACACUUCGCGUAUUGAAUUUCGAUCCAAAGCAAGUCUGGGCAAAUCCAAUUGUUCUUGAAUUUUACAAAAAUUUCCGUCGACGGGUCCACGACAUGCAAAUCAUUCGUUUGGGAAGAAAAGCCAAUUCAGUAUGCUGACUUUUAAUUAAUAGCAUUUUUGUGUACAAGACUGAAAGAAAAAAACUGCAAUCCAGUGGUAAUAUAAUUUUUUUACCAGACAAUAAAUAUCAAGAUAAUUUACUUUAA